AUGUCCGACGCGCUGUCCGACGCGGAUAAGAUCCGCAACAAGCGCCUCGCAAAGCUCGGAGGCCAAUCUUCUGCUCCAGCAUCGCCUACUCCCGGCGACUCAAACAGCCCGUCAGGCGCUGCUUCGCCUUCUGCCUCGACGCCGCAGCCCGCAAGUGCCCAAAGUCCGGCCCUGGCCACAGCACCAUCGCUCAGCCCGAGCUCCACGCCUGCCGCCGUGACGGAAAGCCAGGCCUCCGCGCCCAAGAUCAGCAUUACCAAGAAAGCCCCGACGUCGCUACCCCAGAAGCGUGAUAAUGAGAGCGAGUCUCGGCCACGACCCCGUCCCGCUGCGGCGCCUGAGAAUUUUGAGGCGUGGCAACACAGGACACUCAGCACCAUCUUCAGGGUAACACUGGAUGAGACACACACGCAGGAUGCGCAUGGAAACCGCUUGGCCUACGUGCCUGGUGUGAAGGGAGACCUGGAGGAUGCUGGAAGCCCGCUGCUAUUGAACACGACUGUGCUGGAAGGGGUACUUUUUGAGGCCGCGUCCAACCGGCCUGAUGGCAAGCCGUUAAACUGGCUGUUGUCAUGCUGGAAACGUGCGGCCAGGGUUUCGAGAGGUGCAACCACUGCGGACAAGAACGACCCGGCGCGAGCUGAGGUAAUGAAGGAGGCUAAGAGGCUCACCUUAAGCUACACCAUGCUUGCGGUCAACGUACCCGACAUGUUCGGGCUGGACUCAUGGCUUGUGAACCCUCUGGCCCAACACCUGCUGAACGACCCUGAGGAUGAAUAUGGCAUAUGCCAUGAUUUCCUGAACGAAGCUGUCUCACGGCUCGAGGAAGACGAGUCUAUCAAGGAAGCAUUGGUCGGCGCGGUUGAGCAGCUCAGUCAGGAUCUGAGCAAGAAGAGCAUGAACGACCAGUUUAAACCUUAUAUGCUGGCUCUGCGCAAUAUCUGCCAGUAUCCUCCGCUUGUAGUAGCUCUGUCACAGUCACCCAAGUUCUUGCCAUCGGAUAUCACUGCGCCCCGUUUGGAGCAUGACACGUUGCUGGGCCCGUUCUUCAAGCUAUCACCGUUACAGGCCGAAGUCGCGCUAAACUACUUUGCCGGAUCACGAACCAGGGAUAGGUCUGUCAUCAUGAAUGCGCAGCGAGCUCUGCGCAUGACUCUGGCGACACACCAGGAUGAACUUUUCGACGUGGCCAACCGCUUCAUUCGGGCAAAGGAUUCCCGGUCGAAUAUGCUUGAUUGGUUUGCGGCGACGGUCAACAAGAACCACAAGCGCCGCGCUAUGCGUGUCGAUGCGAAGCAUGUCUCAUCUGAUGGCUUCAUGAACAAUAUCACGGUUAUACUCGAUCGCCUCUGCGAUCCAUUCAUGGACUCGACAUUCUCUAAAAUCGACCGGAUAGAGAUUGAUUACAUGCGGAGAAACCCGCGUGUCGACAUCAGUGACGAGACCAAGAUGAACGCAGAUCAGAACGCAUCCGACGAGUUUUAUUCCACGAAAGUCGAAGGAGAGAACAAUUUUAUCUCAGAGUGCUUCUUCCUCACUGUAGCGGCUCAUCACUAUGGUACCGAAGCUGCUCAGAGCAAAUUGACCCAACUUCAGAAAGACCUCAAAUGGAUGGAGCGUGAGCUUGAGAAGUUCGAGACGGAGAGGCACAAGUACGCUCAUAACCCGGCGCAGCUGCAGGUAUUCGAAAAUGCUUUGAAGAAAUACAAAGAUGCCGUCGAACGUAGCCAUUGCACCAUCUUGGCAACCCAGGGAGUCCUUCUUGAUGAGACGAUUCAAGGACGGGCUAUGCAAUUCAUGCGAUACGUCAUUGUCUGGAUGCUGCGUAUCGUCAGUCCCGGUUACCCUCAGAAGGCGUUCAAGCUCCCGCUUCCUGCGCAGCAACCAGAAGCUUUCAAAUGUCUGCCGGAGUACUUCCUCGAGGAUGUUGUGGACAACUUCAAGUUCAUCACCCGCAUGAUGCCUCAGAUUGCAACCUCGACACAGUGCGAAGAACUAAUCGCAAUUUGUCUGACCUUCCUACGAAGCUCGGCCUACAUCAAAAACCCCUAUCUCAAGUCUGGACUUGUCACCAUCCUUUACUACGGGACUCUGCCCUUCCAAGGCCGGUCCAAGGGCGUGCUUGGAGAUCUUCUGUUUGCAACCAAGUUUGCCACCGACAACCUCCUACAUGCUCUGAUGCAAUUCUACAUCGAGUGUGAGAGCACUGGUGCCCACACGCAAUUCUAUGAUAAGUUCAACAUCAGAUACGAAAUCUUUCAGGUGUUCAAGUGCGUCUGGGGCAACCCUGUGUAUCGGGACCAUCUAGGAACCGAGGCUAAGGUCAACCUGGACUUCUUCGUCCGUUUCGUCAAUCUGCUUCUCAACGACGUCACCUUCGUCCUGGAUGAGUCGUUCACGGCUUUCACCCAGAUCCAUGAUCUUACCAAACAACUUCGCGAUCCGAAUGCCAUCCCGGAUGAGAACAUCCGCAAGGAGAAAGAAGAGGCGCUCGAGUCGGCGAAGGGCAGGGCCAAGAGCUACAUGGGUUUGACCAACGAGACGGUGGCUAUGUUGAAGCUUUUCACAGAGGCCCUCGGCGAUUCAUUCACUAUGCCGGAGAUUGUGCAGCGUCUCGCUGACAUGCUGGACUACAACCUGGAUGCCUUGGUGGGUCCCAAGCAGACAAAUCUCAAGGUCGAGAAUCCGCAGGAGUAUGGCUUCAACGCCAAGUCAAUGCUUUCAGAAAUUGUCGACGUCUACCUUAACCUCAAGGAGAAGGAGAACUUUCGUCUUGCUAUCGCGCGCGAUGGCCGUUCUUACAAGCCGGACAAUUUCAACAAGGCCACGAGUAUCAUGAGGAGGUUUGCUCUCAAGUCUGAGGAAGAAAUUGGCAAAUGGGAGCGCUUGGCAAUUCAGGUUCAGCAAGCGAAGGAGGCUGAUGAGCAGGAAGAGGCUGAUCUGGGCGAGAUUCCGGACGAGUUCCUGGACCCGCUCAUUUUCGACAUCAUGAAGGAUCCGGUCAUUCUUCCCCAAAGUAGGAUGACCAUCGACCGUGCCGUCAUCCAGAGCCACCUUCUCAGUGAUCCUCACGACCCUUUCAACCGUGCACCACUGAAGAUCGAAGAUGUUAUUCCGGACACAGAGCUGAAGAACAAGAUCGAAGCGUUCAAGACCGAGAAGAAGGCUGCGAAGCAGGCUGAGCGCGCUCAGGCCGCAGGCACCGAACCGAUGGACACGUCUUGA